GCGGAGCCGCUCCCGCUCACCCCGUGCCAUGCGGGAUGCUCCCGGCCGCCGCCGCCCCCCGCCCGCCGCCUCUGCUGUGGCCGCCGCCCGCGGAGCCCCCCGCGCCCCCCUGGGCUUGGGUGCUGCCCGCGGCCGCGGGGCUGCUCCGGGUGGGCGCUGCCAACGCCGGGGGUCCCCCCCCGCCCCCGCCGCUGCUGCUGCCGCCCCCCGCCCCCGCCGUGCUGCGGGGCUGGCGCGGCCCCGCAGAGCCGCUGCUGCCGCUGCUGCCCGCGACCACCGAGCCGCUGCUCCAGGGGCAGUGGAUAUUUGGAGCUCAUUCUCCAGUCAUAGGAUUUUCACCUUCUUCGAGCGUGGAAUUUGUCCCUGUUUUCCCCCCUGUGUUCACGGCUUCGGUUCCGCCUCACACUGGGAAAAGCUGGAUCGAUAAAAGGCUGCCCAACUGCAAAAUAUACUUGAACAAUGCAUUUGCUCUGGAUUCAACCUGGAUACAUCCUGAGGAGUCCAGGCUGUUCCAGGGAGCUGAGAAACCUCUGCUGAUGACCAACCAAGUAGCUCUGGCUGUAGCCAGGCCAGCUGCUGCCUCCAGGCCACUGCCCACGCUGGUGUUGGCACCUCAGCUGGUACCAGGUGGUUGCCAGAACAGCCUGAAGGCCAUGGGUGCCAACCAGACCCUGGCUCUGGCCACGGCGGCCGUGGUGUCGGUGGAGCCCGAGGCCCCCCAGCCCUGCCACCUCCUCACCUUCUCCCCUCUCAAAAUCCCGCUGGUGGCUUCACCCUUCCCAGGUUCUGGCUCCAGGCUGGAUACCCACAUGGGUCCCUUGAUGCCAACUCAAGUCACCCGUGUCACCGCAGUGUCCGCGCCGGCUGUGACGUUCAUGGCCACCAACCUCAUGGACCAGGCACUGACAGAUCAUGGCAAAGAAUCGAGCAGAUCCUCCUGCCCCCCGACUCUGAUCCUGCACACGGACAGGAAGAGUGUCCCUGUGGACAGCGACGGCAACAAGGGUCAUUCCUUUAAACUGGUGGCUGAGGGUGACAGCACAGCCAACGGCAACAAGCCCGUGGCCUCCACCCCUGUGCCGGGAUCACCAUGCUCUGAGCAGCAAAGACAAGGAGUGAAAGCUCCUUUGUAUUCCCAUUUCUCUGGUUCCAGUCUAAUAAUGAUUUCUUUCUUUUUAGCAGACAAGUGUGUUAGUUCUUGCCCAGGGGAUGAAAACGAUGAUCUCAACAUCAAAACUAAGAGAAAUAAAACAGAAGAUUCCCAAGCUGCUGGCCUGGAGAGGGCUGGAGUGGAGGAGAGGAAUGAGGAGACAUCUGCCCCCCAGAUCACCCCUCCCCUGGAGGAGCGAAUCACCCACUUCCGAGACAUGCUGCUGGAGAGGGGGGUUUCAGCAUUUUCUACAUGGGAGAAGGAAUUACACAAAAUAGUGUUUGACCCCCGGUACCUCCUGCUGAACUCAGAGGAGCGGAAGCAGAUCUUUGAGCAGUUUGUCAAGACCCGGAUUAGAGAGGAGUACAAAGAGAAGAAAAACAAACUGUUGUUGGCCAAAGAAGAAUUCAAAAAGCUUCUUGAGGAAUCCAAGUUGUCACCAAGGACAACAUUUAAGGAAUUCGCGGAGAAACACGGCCGAGACCAGCGGUUCCGCCUCGUCCAGAAGAAGAAGGACCAGGAGCAUUUUUUCAACCAGUUCAUACUUAUUCUUAAAAAGAGGGACAAAGAAAACAGGAUAAGGCUACGGAAAAUGAGAUAAGAACUCCUGAAACUGGCAAUAAAGACACGAGUGAGCCGAGGCUGUGACUGUGGGGAGGAACUUGAAGGAGAAGGAGUUCAGGGGUCAAUGUUCAACAGCACGACAAUGAGUGGGUUUCCCAGGGAAAAACUUGCUCUAAAUGGAGUUUCUUGACCAUCUCUGGGAUUUGUGAAGGCUGUUCUGCAGGAAUCUAAAGGAUAUUUUGUUCUCAAAGAAUUAAUGUUUCAUAUUGAAGCUCUCUUUUGUACAACAUCCAGAGUUUGAUGCAUUUCUAAUUGCCAUGAUAUGUCAGUCCCUUAAUUGUUUUAAUUAUGCAAAUUACUUGUAAUAUACACAAAUUAUGAAUCCAGUGCAGGUUUAUAAUUAAGCAGAAGCAGAUGCCAUCCAUAACCAUCCCAAGGUAUUUUCAUCAUUUAGGGGAAUUAUCUCAAGCGACCUUUUGGCAACUUUCUGCAUUCCAGUGUGUGGAGGUCUGGUGGUCACAGGAAUCCAUUCCCCGCUGCUCAUAUGUCUCUGUCCAGUCCUCUGAGUAGUAGUAAUCAGAUAUUAAUUGUUAAUAUUGGUGAAGAGUGUGAAAAUCUUGGCAUAUGUCCCAUAGGAAAACUCUCUCAGAACUUCCCACCCCCCGUGACCGAUGCUCCAGGCGGGUGAGAGUGACACUUCUCCCUCAACGUCCCCAAACCCAAGUUUUGUAAAGCCAUCCCAGUCUGGGUUCUGUUACUGUCUGUGAAAAGUCUGCAUGAGAUUUUUCUCAUCAUAUUUGUAUAAAUAAAUAUUUAACUUUUUUAAUUAAUAA